AUGUCCGACCCAAUUCCCUCCGCAAGUGCGGACCACGAAGGGCUGGAAAACCCACCUCCAGCUAAUGCCGAAGACCGAAAAGCCGCCGCUGCACUCUCCUCCCUUCAUACCAAUGAAAUCGGCGCCACCGCUAGCCCCACCAGGGGUCCAUCUAAUGCAGACCAGGAAGCUUUGGGCAAGGCUAUGAGUCGGCUUGAGAUUGCUUCGGGACAAGGGAUGGGAAGAAAGCAACCCGGAGAGACUUUGAACAACGGGGUGGAGGUGAAAAAGAAGGCGAUUAAGAUUUCGCCAGCAGAUGUCACAUUUCUGGUGGAUCAGUUAGACUUGUCUAAGAGCAAGGCGACUGAGUUGCUGAAGGCUAGUGAGGGGGAUAUCACUCUUGCUUUGAGAGCUUUUCUUUCCCCGUCUUUCUAG